AUGAUUAUAGAGGAGAGUAAGGAUCGCUAUAUAAGGGUACUCGAGUAUAAGUAUUCAAGAGUAUGCCUUUUGCUAGAGUCUCUGAUGGAAAGACUCAAAUUAGGACAUGUAAUAGAUUUUGAAGAGAUCGAGGAUUAAAGAAAUAAUCUUAAGAUUGAUCAUCUAUCACUAUACAGAAAAUUCCUUCUUUAAAGCAAAGAACCUAUAAAAUCAUUAAGAAGUUAUCUAGGAUUCAACAAAAACUUGGAAAGAAGAAAGUAAAAGUAAAAUCCCGCGCUUGAAGCUGUAAUUAAUUCAUAACCCAGUUUUGGAUAAACUAAGAGUUCAAGCAGUGAGUAAGAGAGAUUAAGAUUUAUAAGUCACAAUACCACAUUUGAUUUAAACAAUCCUAUGCCCAAACCAAGACCUGUAUUUAGGCCAGAUUCAGAGCCACCGUCACUUCAUCAAUUUCAUAGUUAUUAAACCUAAAAGUCUAGUCCUGACUAAUUAAGUGGACCAAAAGAAUGGUUUUUAGAAGACAGUCUUUAUGAUAGCUUUUUAAGAAAAAGAGUCACGGCAAUACAAGAAUAUGAGGAGGAUAUCAAUCGAUAAAAGGAACUGGACAAAUAAUGUUUUGAGCUUAUGAGCAAACUUAACGAUUAAAAUACUUCUAUUCAUGAAAGUAUUGACGGAUUCGUGAACUAUAAAAUAAAUCGAUAUAAAAAUAAACUGGUAGGAGCAGUUAAAAAGAUGAAGGGGGACAUCGUUUGUGACUCAGAAAUCAUUAAUGAUGAUUAACUAGAGACAUAAUUCUUUGUUAACAGUAUAUAAAAUAAACUCAUUGGCAGUCAUAACUAUCUACUAGAACCAUUCAAGCAGACUUACGUACUUAAGGAAUUAAAAAAUGUGAUUGUUGAUAAACUGUCUCUAGGAAUGAGUGAUUCCUCUAGAUUUACAGGCAUCUCAGAUGAUUUCAUGGAGGAUCUUGAACGGCAGAAGAGGGAAAUGGAGAAAUAUCACUAGAUUAAUAAGACAAUAAAUAAAGAGUCAAAAACUGAGUAUCAGCAAUUUAUUGAGAGUGAGAUAAAAUAACUUUAAGAUGCUAGAUAAAAAAUCAGGAAGUUAGGCUCUGCAUCAAGUGAGGAAGAUUAAUAAACUUUAGUUAAAGGCAGUAUUCAAAAAAAUCGAUCAUCUUCAGCUGAAAAUCUUGAAUAUUUAGAGAAAUAUAAGUCCAUUAAUCAAGUAAAAAUGCAAUAGCAUUAUGAUAGUCUCCCAAUGUGGAAAAGAUGGCUGUUUAGACCAUUAUAUGGUCCAAUUUGUUAAGAUCCCAUGGCUUUCGCUUACACUAAUAAUACAUUUUAGAAUAGAAAAUGA